AUGGAAGAUAUAGAUUUGGAGUUUGACAGGAAGCACAUAUGGCAUCCUUAUACUUCAAUGGUAGAUCCAUUACCAUGCUAUCCUAUUCAGUCAGCUAAUGGUGUAUAUAUAAAGACAUCGGAUGAUAGGGAAUUAAUUGACGGCAUGUCGUCUUGGUGGUGUGCAAUUCAUGGCUAUAAUCACCCUAUCUUAAAUCAAGCCUUAUUGGAUCAAGCGUCUCGAAUGUCGCAUGUUAUGUUCGGUGGCAUUACUCAUGCACCUGCCGUUAAUCUUUGCAAGAGGCUCAUUAAAAUGACACACCCCAAAUUAGAUUGCGUUUUUUUAGCAGAUUCGGGUUCUGUUGCGGUCGAGGUUGCAUUAAAGAUGGCUUUGCAAUAUUGCCAUUCAAGAGGUCAGUUUUCAAAAAAGAAAUUUCUAACUAUAAAAAAUGGGUACCAUGGCGAUACCUUUGGCGCAAUGUCAGUGUGUGAUCCUGUUAAUUCAAUGCAUACUUUAUAUACUGAUUAUGUUUCCUCUAAUCUAUUUGCUGAAGCACCUCAGCUUCAAUUUAGGGAUAAUUGGAAUGAAGGCGAUAUAGAAAGCUUCAAGACAUUGAUUCAAGAAAAUCAUCAAAAUAUUGCUGCUGUAAUAUUAGAGCCAAUUCUUCAAGGCGCAGGAGGAAUGAGAAUCUACCAUCCUCAAUACCUCAAGCGAGUAAGGGAAUUAUGCGAUACUUAUAGUGUUCUUUUAAUUCUCGAUGAAAUUGCUACUGGGUUUGGUAGAACUGGAAAAUUGUUUGCAUACGAACAUGCAGAUAUUUAUCCAGAUAUUCUUUGUCUAGGUAAAGCAAUAACCGGGGGAUACUUGACUUUAUCAGCUGUAAUUACCACAAGAGAGGUAGCAGAUACAAUAAGCUUAGGAAAAGCUAAAUGUUUUAUGCAUGGCCCGACUUUUAUGGGCAAUCCUUUGGCUUGUCAUGUUGCGAAUAAGAAUUUGGAAAUUUUGGAACAAGGUAAUUGGAAAGUUCAAGUUGAUAAAAUCGAAAGACAACUUUUAUCUGAGCUUCUUCCUCUAAAAUAUAUGGGAUGUAAACUAGUAAAGGACGUUAGGGUGCUAGGGAGUGUUGGAGUGAUAGAACUCAAUUCUGCCAUUGACAUGGUUGCUGCUCAGAAACAAUUCGUUGAUUUAGGUGUUUGGAUUAGACCUUUUGGGAGAUUAGUAUACAUUAUGCCACCUUACAUUAUAUCCGAAUCAGACUUGGCUAAGCUUAUUAGUGCAAUGGUUUUUGUGGUUAAAAAUAAUUGUUAA